AAUUAGCUGUUUCUGUUGUUAUAGAAAUGUUGCAUCACUAAAAUGUUUGGCGUAUAUGUACCAACAACUAGACAGGGCAUUAUAAAUUGAACAGACUUGGACAUCUUUGCAAGGGACUACGUUUAGAUGGUGUACGUUUGUACAGGAUUGUGCAGUAUAGUGUAACGAAAUGGAUGAGGAAGAGGGGCUGGAUGUGCUGAUAGCCCAGAGAAGCCAGCGACCAUCUUAUGCUCGUAUGAUAUCUUGGGAGUUUGAUGAUGCAGAGGAACCAAUGGUGGUGUCGAUGCAAAGACGACGAAGAAGGAGGUCAAAACAGCAAUCAGGGGAGACAAAUGAGCACACAGCUGACCUUGACCCUGAAUUGAGGUCAGGGGUAUCAAGUCUGUCACUGAAGAGUGAUUCAGAUGAGGAAUUCUUUUCAGCAGAAGAAUGGUUAAUUUCAGAUUCCGAGUCGGUUACAGAAAAUAGUAUUGUAUCUGAGAGAAGUGAUGGAGUGCAGGAAUUGACAGGGGCAGAAUGUGAAAGUGAUGAAAACUCAGUAUUUUCAGAUGAAAACACUAGUUUGACUACCAGUUCUUCAAAUAUUAGAUCUUCUAGACUUAGCAAAAAACAAAAGAAAAAACGUCGAAAAGAAAUGAGUACAAUGUACGAAAAUCAGAUACGGCCAUUUAUGGAUUUAGAAUUUGAUGAUAUCGAACACAUACUGCCUGACCAACCUUCUGUUGAUAGAAUGUUGGACUUAUCCAAAGAUGUUCCAUCACUGGUUCAAUUGUGUAUCAGAUCAUCUUACAAAUUAAACUUCAAAUUGAUGCCUGAACUUCCGAACAAAUUAAAAAGACUUUUCCAUGUAGAUGAUGAUUUCUCUUUACAAAAAAUACAGUUGUCGUGGUUGCAUUCAACAUUAGCCCGUUUUGAACCCAAAGAGAAAUUUACAGAAAACUGUAUGUUCAAAAUGAACCCUGAUAGACCCGUAUUAUUGCACCCUGUCAGAAAUGUUUGUAACAAGACGUCCAGUGUGAACCAUACUGAUCAUACUGUACUGGCCACACUACCGCUAACAAGUAUUGACUGGACUGACCCAAACUUGGAACAAAGGAGAGCGAUCAGCACUUGGGCAGUGGUGGCUGCCACCUUGGAGCUGAUGAUGCCUCCAUUUUUAUCUGCCAGUGCCUACAGACACCAAUCAGAGAGUGAAGAUGACCGCAUUGUUAGAGCUACAAGGAGUUUGAUGACCAGAUUGAAAUUUGCUAUGAAGAGCAGAUUUCCCACUGUAGUGUCGCACUGUUUUGAUGAUGCUGUGCCGUAUGCUUUGUGGGCUAGGGGAGACAUCCAUCAGGCUACUGAGUACUUCAAGUCACUUUCACAGAGUACAGAUAAUAAAGCCUUAAAAGCUGUUUACCAUAAUGAAGUGGGCCAUAUGCAUGCCAUGAUUGGGGCCACAGAAACAGCAGCAAAAUUCUACAGAUUGUCCUCUGAUAUUUUACUGAAGGACGUCAAAAACAGUCUCUGUGCAGACAAUAUUACCACUAAUAUGUUGUUGCUGGUUGCUAACCUCUAUGACCAGGGGAUCUUUACACCUCAGAAAGGAAAACAAUCAGCCCAUGCUUGGAACGUUGUAUUGACCAGUAAGUACAGUCAAAAGGUCGAAGGUCUGGAGCGACACAUCAUGGAUUCUUACCUUUGCACACACUGUGGAUCAGUUCAGGGAAUAGAAUGGUUGGAGCAGGCCAAAUCCAUGCUGACUGAUCUUUCGACCUCUGACCCUGAACUUGUAUACUACCUCAGUAUGGUCCAUGCCUUAUUAGGGGAGGAAAAACAGGCACACACUGUCUACAUGGAAUAUGUCAAAAUGUUGGGAGAAAACUCUUUUGAAGCUGCUGGUAGAGAGAUUGUGUCCCUCAGUGGAAAAGGGGCCAAAUGUAACCCCUGGAAACCUUUGGUUACCAUGGUGAAAGAACUUGAUAAUAACGUCAACUUCUUGCCUGUGAUAUGGAGAGUUCAGCUUGGACAUCUAAAAAUUUCUACUGGGAAAGGCUUAGAGAGUGAUAUUUGCAGUAAAACACUUGACCUGCAUUUUGAUAACAAUGGGUAUUUGACUGGAAAUAUGCAGAUGUAUCUGCCUCCUAUCCGAGGGAUACAAAUCAACCCUUAUACAGGUGCCUUGCAUUUCAACCAGCACAAAAGUCCAACAAAGGUACUAACAACAUGGGAUUGUAACAGUGAUCAGAAGUAUAUCACAGCAGGUACAUUUGUGAUACCAACACUGCUGGAGAUAUAUAACAAAGAUGGCGUCAAAGUACACAUCAUGCUCGGACGAAAAGCAGGAAAUUUGAAUAAUAUCAACAAAAACUUCCUUGACAUGGCAACUCUGAUCUGGACAGGUCCUGAUGGACAGAAAGCUCGCUUGAACAUUUACAAGAAGUUCCGCGAGCAUUGUAUCAAGGAUGCUAAUGAUAAAAUAGAGGAGAUUUUAAAAACAAAACUUAAGGAUAAAGAUUUCCAACAUGAGGAUGGGAAAAAGUUUCUCAGAUUGUGCAUUGACAAGUAUCGUGUGGUUGAUUACAAGUGGUUGAAAACGUCGAUGGACAAUCUGUCUUAUACACGAAAACAGUUUGUUUUGAAUGAGGAAAGACGAGAAAAGUUGUUACAAAGACAGUAUGAACCCAAGGGAAAAGGGAACAGAUUCAAACCUGCAGAUGUGAAAUUUUCCUAUACAAAAGCACCAACUUUGAAACUGGACUACUAUGCCCAUCCUGAUGUGUAUGCAUUAAACCUUACCAACCUUACUGUGGUUGGAAAUACCCUGACAUUCUUUACACGACAAAAUAGUUCAACUUCACAAUAUGUAUGGGCCAUUGAUCUUACAUCGAAGGAAUCUUUCCUUGCCUGCAAGGAUAUGCCAGUGGCAUACACAAAUUAUAAAUUCAUCAGUUUGCCAGUUCGUAACAAAAUUCGUCAUACCAUUCCGGAUGCAACCAUCUUGCUCGAUCAUACAGGAACUCCAGGUUUCACAGUGAUGGGAGUAAAGCAUUUAGGAGAACAACGGGUAUCUGUCACUUGUCCACGGACAGACACGUCUACCUGUGCUGAUAUACAAAGAAUGUUUAUAUUCGGAAGCCAGUUAAUUGGUAUUUCCUAUAACAGCAGAAUCUGGAGCUGGGAUAAUAAGAACGGCCAAAGAGAGGUAGGCGAGGCAUUUACAAGGGUGCGUGACCUUGACCUGAUAGGCAAUGUCCUUGUGGUCAGUAUGGAGAAAGGAAUUCAGUUUUGUAGCGUGCCUUGUGACAAUGAUCAUGUGUUUGCUCCACUCCCUGUAACUCUCUCUUCUCAGUUCCAGGGGACUGAACUGACUUUGAACAAUGAAGGCACAGUUAUCAGCACCAGUAGAAUAAAGAUAAAAGUUACUGGUACCCAGAAAGAACUCAGAGAUGGAAAGGAAAUGUAUAGGGCUGCAAUUUCUCUUGAUAACAUAGCUGUUGUGAUGUUAGUGCCAGCAGAUGUAUAUGGACCAAGGGAUAGUGUGAGUCCUAUUGAGAUCCUUUUGGCUGUGACUCUGCCAGGUCAUGGUACUGAGACAUGCUUCAUAAGUCAGCAAGACGGAAUGCUCAUGGGAUGGUCACAGCACAACGAGGACUCCAUGCAUUACCGAGAACACAUAUUCCAGGUGGAUUAUGAAGCCCGACUCAGGAGCAUACUACCUUUCCUUGGCUAUGGGCCACGCUCCCUUUUGCCUGUGUUUCUACCAGGUGACCCAGAUAUACAGGCCAAACAUCCUGGUCAUGGACAGCCAGGGUGGUAUGUGUUUAUGAGGGAUGGCUACGAGGGCAUCAUAGGAGUUAAACUGGUUCAUUAGAAGGAUGUCAGGAACACUGGAAAAAUGAUCUUACAAAGCCAUUUCUGUAUCAAUUAAGAUUGUUGGAGCUUCCUCUACAAAGACCCAGACCAUUUAACAUAGUUAUUUAACAGUGAGUCAAGGGAUUAUGGAUCAGGAUAUGUAUUCAUUGCUUUACGAUACUUCACAUUGUUCAUCUAGUGAGACAAUGGUUGUCUGGUCCUACAGAACAGGUAAAUUUACCCAAGAAGGGAUUUAUCAGAACAGGUAAAUUUACCCAAGAAGGGAUUUAUCAGAACAGGUAAAUUUACCCAAGAAGGGAUUUAUCAGACAUUUGUAGGGUCUGGUAAUGGGCUCCAUUCCUAAUAGAAAAUAGCCAAUAUUUUCCCAAAUUCAACCUUUUUUUCUCCCCCAUCAGCAUUUUGUAUGAGAGAAAGAUGAAAGUAUUUAAAAGGUUACUCUGUGUAAUAAUAAUAUAAUAAUAUACACAAUUUGUAUGUUGUAAAUUUCUAUGGCAGAAAAAGUUGAAUUUGCACUGUAAAAAUAAAUUUCAAGUGAAUUUCAACUCUAAUCCUGGUAUAUCUGUAUAUAAUACUCUUUGAUAUA